AUGUUAUUAAUGGAAUCAUAUAUGUGUUAUUGCUCGGUGCGUCUCGGGGUCGUUAUUGUUUCUGUUCUAAAUAUCAUCAGAGAGUUGGCUUCUAGUAUCACACUUUUUGUGUUGGGCGUCAAAAUUUUCGAACCUUUGAUCGAUUUGCUGGAGCACGACGCUGAGUAUAAAGACAAAAAGUGGGCUCGAAGGUUCAUCAGUUGGUGUGAAAACGAUCCCGGUAUCUUGACCGCAGUUGCUCACACAGUAUCUUAUGUCCACGUGCUGGCAGGCAUCUUAAGUAUUUAUGGUGCUAUUAAGUUACGGAAAUGGUUUCUACUACCCUUGGCAUUCUGCGAGUUUGUCUACUUUAUACAAAUUACGUUUCUUCAUAUCAUUCUGAUGAUUAUGCUCAAGAAGCAGAUUAACUUGGGCUUUCUCAUAAUUCUCACUCUGCUGGGCUGUUUCUAUAUAUUGUUUGUGGGCUACAAUGCCUGUGCCUGCGUGGCCAUGUUCCAGAUCAUCGGCCUGGUGAAGAGUGACCGCUACCGCGAGCUCUAUGGAGACGAUCCCUUCCAUCCGCUGGUCAUGAGGAGCACUCGCCCGAAGGAUGCAGCAAAGCCGCUCCACGUGCUGCGUAUGCACGACAUGCACGACACAAACAUCGACGAGGAGAAGCGACUGAGCAAACUGGGCCUGUGGCCACGUCGUCAGCCGCCGGUGGUUUCCGUCCUUCCCGUGCAGGCAUCGUAUCCACAACCUCCGCUGAAGUGGUGGCAGCAGCAGGCCCUGAGCACCGGAGAUGACCACCAGCCGGAUCCGUCCGUCUACCGCAACUGGCAGACCAAGGAGCUACUCAACGGAGUGGGCGGCGAUGUGCAGCGCAAGAGUGAGCUGAAUCGACGCUACGCCGAGAACCAGAUGCAUCGAUGGUACUGA